AUGGCACAAAACGAUCAAAUGCCCGAGUUUCAACAAUCUUACACAAAUGAUCUCCCUCACGAUUCAGACAAGACUCUUGAGCGUCAGACAACCGCUGCUCACCAAGCUGCUCACCCUCAUCUCUACCCCAAUCCUCACCACAUUCAUCCCGCAUUCGGUGGUGCUAUGCAACCAGGUCUUUGGAAGCCCGUAGAGCAUCGCAAGUUCGCCAACCCUGCUCCUCUCGGAUUAUGCGCUUUCGCUCUCACCACUUUUGUCCUGUCAUGCAUUAACAUGCACGCUCGUGGUCAAACUUCUCCUGCUAUUGCUAUUCCCGUGGCUUUUGGUUAUGGAGGUCUUGUUCAGCUUUUGGCUGGAAUGUGGGAAAUGGCCGUUGGAAACACCUUUGGUGCUACCGCCCUGUCAUCUUACGGAGGUUUUUGGAUCUCCUACGGUCUCUUGCAGACUCCCACUUGGAACGUCCUCGGUGCUGAUGGACCUUAUGAGGGUGACACUGGCUCGGUCAUGGGUUUCUUCUUGACCGGUUGGUUUAUCUUUACGACUCUGCUCCUCAUCUGCACUCUCCGUUCCACUGUUGCAUUCUUCUUGCUCUUCUUCUUCCUCGACAUCUGCUUUUUGCUGCUCGCGACUGAGAACUACGCCCACGAUUUGGGUAACCACACUGCUCAGAUCGCUCUUCAAAAGGCUGCAGGCCUCUUUGGGUUCUUGGCUGCGUUUAUGGCUUGGUACAACGCCCUUGCCGGUCUCCAGGACAGCAGCAACUCCUUCUUCCAAGUUCCCGUUAUCCACUUCCCCUGGUCUGAUGCGGGCCGAGCCCACCGUCACCAGAAGGCCGAGGAGCAUCUUGCCUAG